AUGGACACUGUGGAAGCAAUUCUCUCUUUCUUGGUAGUUGUGAUAAUAAUCGUGUCGUUGCUGUCCAACUUGCUGGUGCUGAUCUGCUUUCUGUACAGCCCGGAGAUCCGGAAACAAGUGCCGGGUUUGUUCAUCCUCAACUUGACAUUUUGCAACUUGUUGCUCACCAUUUCCAACAUGCCUUUGACUUUGAUUGGCGUUAUCAACAAGGGGCAGCCCGGCAAUGGGGGGUUGUGUCAGAUAGCUGGUUUUUUGGACACAUUUUUAACCACAAAUUCUAUGUUGAGUAUGGCAGCACUGAGCAUCGACAGAUGGAUCGCUGUUGUCUUUCCCCUGAGCUACCGUUCAAAAAUGCGCUAUAAAGAUGCUGUUUUAGCUCUGACUUACACGUGGAUGCACUCGGUGUCUUUCUCAGCAGUACCUACUUCUCUAUCAUGGGUGGAAUACCACCAACUUUAUGCCUCCUGCACUCUCUGCAACGGGAAAGCAAAUACCAGCCAGUUUAUUAUAUUUACUGUGGUUUUUCAUUCCCUUACUUUCCUUUUGUCUUUGGUAGUGCUGUGCUUUACUUAUCUCAAAGUUCUCAAAGUAGCGCGCUUCCACUGCAAACGGAUUGACAUUAUUACAAUGCAGACGCUGGUGCUUUUAGUGGACAUACAUCCAAGUGUUCGGCAACGUUGUUUAGAGGAGCAGAAACAGCGAAGGCAGAGAGCCACGAGGAAAAUCAGCACUUUUAUUGGCACAUUCGUUCUGUGCUUUGCACCCUAUGUGAUAACAAGAAUGGUGGAACUAUUCCUGGUGCCCCCCAUUGACCCCCACUGGGGAAUCGUUUCCAAGUGCCUCGUUUACAGCAAGGCGGCCUGUGACCCCUUUGUAUACUCGCUGCUGCGACGUCAGUACAGGAAGACGUGCGCUGACAUCAUUAACCGGAUCCGGAAACGAAGCUCUCUCGACACAUAUGGAAACUGGGAUGAGAAUCGGAGGACCUGUGUAAUCCCCACUGUGGAGUGA